CAAUCGCAGAGGGAGAGAGAGUAGAGAGAGAGAGGAUGAAGUUCACGGACUCGCCGGUGAUCGAGCUCCCGGUGGGCGACGCCCGCCUCUCCGUCCAGCAAGACAACGGCUCCAUGCACGUCGGCACCUCCGUCUGGCCCUGCUCCCUCGUCCUCGUCAAGUUCCUCGACCGCUGGGCCCGCCCCGACCCGGCCCACAACCCCUACGCCCACCUCCUCGACUUCCGCGGCAAGCGCGCCGUCGAGCUCGGCACCGGCUGCGGCGCCGCCGGCAUGGGCCUCUACCUCCUCGGCCUCGCCGACAUCGUCCUCACCGACAUCGCCCCCGUCAUGCCGGCCCUCCGCCACAACCUCAAGCGCAACAAGCCCGUCCUCCGCAAGACCCUGAAGACCGCCGUCCUCUACUGGAACAACGGCGACCAGAUCAAAUCCCUGAACCCGCCCUUCGACAUCGUGGUCGCCACCGACGUGGUGUACAUCGAAGAGUCGGUGGGGCACCUGGUGGGGGCGAUGGCGGCGCUGGUGAAGAGCGACGGCUUGGUGCUGCUGGGGUACCAGUUGAGGUCGCCGGAGGCCGAUAAGCGGUUCUGGGAGCUGUGUGAGGAGGUGUUCGUGAAGGAGAAGGUGAGGCACGAGGAUCUGCAUCCCGACUACGCGUACGAGGAGGCUGAUGUUUUCAUUCUUAGGAAGAAGAAGGAGGACAAGGACAUGGACAAGGACAAGGAGGACGAGUUGAAUGAUUAUGGCCCGCAGGAAGGCAGUGAAAGUGUAGUGCCUGGUUGAACUAUUCGUAUUUCAGGUCAAGUUCUUAAAAGUGAAAAGGCAGAUAGAAAAUCAUCUGGUGAUGGUACUCAUGAUGCCAAUUUGCUGUGAUAAUUCUUCACUUCUCACGGACCAUCUAUUAUAAGUCCUAGUGCCAACUGCCAACUAAAGCUAGUAUUGUCAGAGGGGUAGUUCCAGGAUACGGAUGCACAGAUGAGCCAAUGGGGGUGCUCCGCCUUGAUUUCUAAAUCAAUGUCAAUCAACGAUGAAAGUUAUGAGAUCAUGAAUGUCAUGUCAGAUUUUACUAAUGAAAUGGCAGAAAUGGUAAUUCAAUGUGUUAUUAUCUGUGGUGA